CGGUAGAAUGACUUUAGGAGGGGGCCGCGGCAUAUAGUGUCGCGACGUCGAGCGUCCGACUUAGUCUCUACUCGGCUACGUUGGACAGUAUUUUACCUCCGUACAAUUUCCAGCACAAACACCCUUGCACACGAUCCAUAAUGCCGCCCCGCAACAAGGAACAGGAAGCCGAAGUGUUGGCCUGGAUCGAGGCAGUUUUAGGGGAGAAAUUGCCCCCCGGAAAUUACGAGGACAUCCUAAAAGAUGGAGUCGUUCUUUGCCAACUCAUCAACAAAAUUGCCCCAGGCUCCGUGAAGAAGAUCCAAUCCAAAGGGACGAACUUCCAGCUCAUGGAGAACGUACAAAGAUUCCAGGCGGCGAUCAAGAAUUACGGAGUCCCUCAGGAGGAGAUCUUCCAGACCGCGGAUCUUUUCGAGAGGCGCAAUAUCCCUCAAGUGACCCUCUGCCUUUACGCCCUUGGAAGAAUUACGCAGAAACAUCCCGAAUACCAGGGGCCUAGACUGGGGCCAAAAAUGGCGGAUGAGAACAAGAGGGAGUUCACGGAAGAUCAGCUCCGGGCGAGCGAAGGCCACCUUAAUCUCCAAAUGGGUUACAACAAAGGAGCAAGUCAAUCUGGACACGGAGGAUUCGGCAACACUAGACAUAUGUAGAUUUAAGGGGAUUUCGAUUUUUUUUUUUUUUUUUCGAAACAUCUGAAUCGAGAAAGGAGUCACUCUGGAAUACCCCGCUUCCAUCGGGGUGAUCGGUUUUCACGAUGAAAUUUUCAUAAAAGCUUUCACGAGCCCGAAUAAUUAGUAAUACCAAAUUAUCGCGGAUAAACCAGUGCUUUGUAAGGAUGAGAAGUCUCGAAAGGGCAUUAAUGAUCUUUCACAUGCUCUGCUGUUAACAGAAUUUAUGCUUGAACAUACCCUUUCGAGCGGAGAAUAGAGGAGGAGCUUUUGUACUCUGACGAGAUAUUAACGACAUACCGAACCACUAAUUAUUUAUUGUCAUCUCGACAACGUCACCGGCAUCGUUACACCCGAGGCGAAAUAAUCACCGAAUAAAGCUAGCGCUUAUAUUUUCUAUAGUA